AUAAGUACUGCAGAAGAGAAAAUGGCAGUAAAUUACAUAAGAAAGUGCUGAUCAAGAACUGCCACAAUCACUAAUGGUGCGUCACAACUUUCUUCCGUUCGUAAGCUUCUUCGCUGCUGUUGUUCUUCUUGCUUGUGCACAAGACCAAUCAGGUUUUGUCAGUAUCGAUUGCGGUAUACCUGAGGAUUCAAGCUAUAACGAUGAGACAACAGACAUUAAGUACGUCUCAGAUGCUGCUUUUGUUGAGUCCGGGACAAUCCAUAACAUCGAUCCUGAGUUUCAGACGACUUCUCUUGAGAAGCAGUUCCAAAAAGUUAGGAGCUUCCCUGAAGGCAAGAGAAACUGCUACGAUGUGCAGCCUCCUCGGGGAAAAGGCUUCAAGUAUUUGAUCAGAACACGUUUCAUGUACGGUAACUACGAUAACCUCGGGAAAGCACCAGAGUUCGAUCUCUAUCUUGGGGUCAAUCUCUGGGAUUCUGUUACUAUAGACAAUGCAACGACUAUAGUAAGCAAAGAGAUCAUCUACACUCUUCGUUCAGACCAUGUUCAUGUGUGUCUUGUCAAUAAAGACAGAGGAACUCCUUUCCUGUCUGCGUUAGAACUCAGACUCUUGAGGAGUGAUACAUACGAGAGUCCUUAUGAUUCUCUCAUGCUGAAUCGUAGAUGGGAUCUCGGGGCACUCGGAGACCGUCCUGUCAGGUACAAAGAUGAUGUGUAUGAUCGUAUAUGGAAUCCUCGAAAGUUCCCAAAUCAUAGAGUUCUCAGUACAAACCUCACGAUAGAUCCGAAUAAUAACAAUGGAUUCCAGCCUGCUCGUGCCAUCAUGAACACUGCUUCGACACCUUUGAACGCAAGCGUAGACAUAAUCAUCUACUGGAUACCAGAUAACCCUUCGUGGAAGUACUACGUGUACAUGCAUUUCGCUGAGGUUCAAGAGAUUCCAAGAAACGAGACGAGAGAGUUUUCGGUGUUUUGGAAUGAUGAAACUAACCUGUAUGAAAACUUUAGCCCUCGCUUCUUGUACACAGACACACUUUACACUCAGAAUGCAGUCACUGGGUCGAGCCACGAGUUCCGUCUGCAACGAACUGCUAAUUCUACACUCCCACCAAUCAUCAACGCUGUUGAGACGUAUCGUGUCAACGAGUUUCUUCAGCCACCUACUGAUCAACAAGAUGUUGAUGCAAUCAUGAGAAUCAAGUCCAAGUAUGGUGUGAAGAAGAACUGGCUUGGAGACCCUUGUGCACCUGUAAACUAUCCUUGGAAGGAUAUUGACUGCAGCUAUGUCGAUAACGAGUCUCCGAGAAUCAUUUCCGUGAAUUUAUCCUUAGGUGGCUUGUCUGGCGAGAUUGAUCCAGCUUUCUUCAACCUUACGUUUAUACAGAAACUAAACUUGGAAGGAAACAAGCUAACGGGUGCUAUUCCGGUGAAACUAAUAGAGAGAUCAAGCAAUGGAUCGCUUUCGCUGAGACUUGGAGGGAAUUCAGACCUCUGCGUGUCUGCUUCAUGUCAAACUCUGGAUUUGAAGACAAAGAAGAGUGCAUAUGUUGUUCCUUUAGUAGCAUCCGUGGUGGGAGUGUUUGGUCUUGUAAUAGCAAUAGCUUUGUUCUUGCUUUACAAGAAGAGACAUCAAAGUGGGAAAAACUCUUAUGCCUUGAGCUGGGAGGAGAGGUUGCAAUUAUCAUUAGACGCAGCACAAGAAAGUGCUAAUCAAGAGCUUUUUUCACUAAUGGCACGGUACAACUUUCUUCCGUUGAUUUCAUUCGCUGUUCUUGUCUUUCUUGUUCAUGCGCAAGACCAAUCAGGAUUUGUCAGUAUAGAUUGUGGUAUACCUGAGGAUUCAAGCUAUAACGAUGAAACAACAGACAUAAAGUAUGUUUCAGAUGCUGCAUUUGUCGAGUCCGGGACAAUUCACAGCAUAGAUCCUGAGUUUCAGACAACAUCUCUUGAGAAGCAGUUUCAAAACGUUAGGAGCUUCCCUGAAGGCAAGAGAAACUGCUACGAUGUGCAGCCUCCUCGGGGAAAAGGCUUCAAGUAUUUGAUCAGAACACGUUUCAUGUACGGUAACUACGAUAAUCUAGGGGAAGCACCAGAGUUCGAUCUCUAUCUUGGGGUCAAUCCCUGGGAUUCUGUUACAAUAGAUAACGAAACUACUAUAGUUACCAAAGAGAUCAUCCACACUCUUCGUUCAGACCAUGUUCAUGUGUGUCUUGUUGAUAAAGACAGAGGAACUCCGUUCCUGUCUGCGUUAGAACUCAGGCUCUUAAAGAGUGAUACAUACGAGACUCCCUAUGAUUCAUUGAUGCUGUUUAAAAGAUGGGAUCUUGGUGGACUUGGUAAUCUUCCUGUCAGGUACAAAGACGAUGUUUUUGACCGGAUAUGGAUACCUCUGAGGUUUCCAAAAUAUACAAUCUUCAAUGCAUCGCUCACGAUAGAUUCGAAUAACGACAAUGGAUUCAAUCCCGCUCGCUUUGUUAUGAACACUGCAACUUCACCUGAGGAUUCAAGCCAAGACCUAAUCCUAUAUUGGGAGCCACAGGUUCCUACGUGGAAGUACUAUGUGUAUAUGCACUUUGCAGAAGUUGUGGAACUUCCAAGUAACGAGACAAGAGAGUUCACGAUUCUUCUAAACGAAAAGUCAAUCAACAUGACCGCGUUUAGCCCUCGCUACUUGUAUACAGACACACUUUACGUACAGAACCCCGUGAGCGGACCAAGACUCGAGUUUCUUCUUAGACGUACCGCUAAAUCCACGCUUCCACCCAUCAUUAACGCCAUUGAAACAUAUCGAGUCAAUGAGUUUCUUCAGUCCCCUACUGAUCAACAAGAUGUUCAAGCAAUUAUGAUAAUCAAGUCCAAGUAUGGAGUGAAGAAGAUUUGGCUUGGAGAUCCUUGUGCUCCAGUUAACUAUCCUUGGAAGGAUAUCAACUGCAGCUUUGUCGAUAACGAGUCUCCCAGAAUCGUUUCUGUGAAUUUAUCUUCCAGUGGCUUGACUGGCCAGAUUGAUCCAGCCUUCUCCAACCUUACCUCAUUAUACAGACUGGACUUAUCAAACAACAGUUUAACCGGAAAAGUACCUGAUUUCCUCGGAAAUCUACAUAACUUGACGGAGUUAAACUUGGAAGGAAACAAGUUAACGGGUGUUAUUCCGGCGAAACUUCUGGAGAGAUCAAACAAUGGGUUGCUUAUUCUGAGAUUUGGCGGGAAUCCGAACCUCUGCGUGCCUUCUUCAUGUCAAAUUCCGGAUUCGAAGACCAAGAAGAGUGUAUAUGUUAUUCCGUUAGUAGCAUCUGUCGCGGGAGUGCUUGGCCUUGUAAUCGCAAUAGCUAUGUUCUUGCAAUACAAGAAGAGACAUCGAAGUGGUAAAAACAUCGAAGUGAUACUAUCUUAA